AUGGCGGCGCGCCUCUCCGCUGCAAGGGCGCGGCACCUCCGGGCGAGGUGCCGCGCCGUGCCGCGGCCGCCGCGCCCCGCGGGGCAGGCUCCCGAGCGGCACGGCGGCGGGCCGAGGGCGGCCCGGCGGGCCACCUGCCGCCCGCGGCAGCUCGAGGGCCGCGGCGUCGCGGACUGCCUGGGGCGGGCGGCGGAGCUGGGCUUCACCUGGGACGCCCGGGCCGCGCCGCCCGCGGAGCUCGGGGCGCUGCUGGACAGGGUCGGGAGCGUGGCCGCCGAGGACCUGGCGCGGCUGGCGGCCGCGCUGGGCGCCAUGUCCCUGAGCGGCUCGCCGGCCGCCAGCACGGUCGCGGCGGGCGCCGCGGGUGCGGCCCCGACGCUCGGAGCGCCAGAGGCCGCCCUGCUCGCGCAGGCGUUCGCGCGGCUCGGGCGCCCCGAGGUCGUCGAGGCCGUGGCGGAGGCUGCGGCCGCCAGGGCCGCCGCGUUCGGGACGCGGGCCCUGGUGCGGGUCGUGUGCGCGGCCGCGACGGCCCGCAUGCGCGGCAGCGGGGCCGCGGACGCCGUACUGCACGAGGCCGCGGACCGCGGGGCCCGGCUGCGCCCCGAGUGCCUGGCGAGCCUGGUGUGGGCCAUGGGGCGGCUGCGGCGGCGGAGAGAGCGCGCCCUGGCCGCGCUGCUGCCCCACGUCUCGCACAGGCACAAGGACCUCUCCCCAGCCGCCCUCGCGCACACCCUCGGAGGGCUCUCCCGGCUGCGCCCCGACGGCGGCCGGGUGGGCUGGCUCGAGGAGGACUGCGCCCUGCGGCUCGUGGUGCGCUCCCUCAGGCACGUCAGCUGGUUCAAUCCGCAGGAGCUCGUGAUCCUCGCGUGCGCCGCCGUGCCGUACUCCACCGCCGGCACGCGCGGCGGCUCGCUCUCGCCGCUGGUGCAGGGUCUGUUCGGCGAGCUGCAGGAGAGGAUCGGGGACGUGGCGCCCCACCACCUCUCGAGGGCCGCGCGCGCUUUGGCCGACCUCCGGCACUGGGACGAGAGGUUCCUGGACUUGCUCGGCGCAGAGUCAAUGAGGCGAGCGGACCAGUUCAGGCCGCAGGAUGCUGCGGACAUGAUGAUGUCGGUUGCGACUUUGCGCUACGACAACCUGGGUUUAGUUCAGGCCCUCACGGCCCAGUUCCUGGCGCGCUGCGGGCCAGACCCCCCCGCAGCGGCCGUCUCGGACGUGGCCUGGGCGCACGCCACCCUGGGCGCCUGCGGGGAGGCGCUCUGCCGGAGCGGCGUGCUGUCCCGGGCCGCGCCGGGCGCGCGCGAGGUCGCCUCGGGCAAGCUGGCGGGGCUGGCGUGGGCCGCCGCGGCGCUGGGCAGCCGCGACGAGGCGCUCUUCGGCGCGCUGGCGGCGGAGGCCGAGCGGCGCGGGGACCUCUCGCCGCGCGACAGCGCGAGGAUGCUCUGGGCGCUCGCGAACGCGGGGUUCUCCGAGGACCGCGCGCUCGCCUCGCUCGCGCGGCAGUUCCUGGCGCACGCGAGCUCGCCCCUGUGCGAGGAGGACCGCGGCGAGAACUGGGCCGAGCUGGCCGAGGCCCUGGCCUCGCCCGGCGCGACGCCCGCGGCGCCUGGCUCGCCACGCCACGAGGCCGCUGCAGCGUUCCGCGACGCGGUGUACGAGCCGGCGGUGGCGCUGCUGCAAGACGUGGCCGCGGCCGAGAGCGCCGAGAGCAGGAAGUAGCCCCCUCUCCUCCUCGGUUCGCCGCGGCCCUGCGCCUGCAGCACCUGGGCGGCCACCACGCCGCGCGGGCGCUCCGGCGGCUCGGGCUCCUCGGCGACGGCGGCGCGGCGGGGCGAGCGGCUCGCACGGAGGCGGCCCCCUGGCCGCCGCCGCGGGCGCGGGAGACGCGCGCCUGGUCCGCUUGCGAGCUGACAGUGAGGCUGGGCGAGCUGGAGGAGACUCUGCACGAGCCUGGCUACUGGGCGAGCUAUCAGAGGAGGGGCCCGGACUGCGCGGAGCUGCUGCCCCUGGCGCUGCACCAGACCUCCGCCGGCCACGCGGAGCGCGCGGCGCUGGCCGUGGCGCUGCGGCUGGCGCGGGCCGCGGAGCGCCGGCUGCGCCGGCGUUGGCUGAGGGCUCCCGUGCCCGGCGGCGGGGCGUUGCAGAAGGAGGGGCCGGAGUGCCUGGUCACCGGGCACGUGUCGCUGCACGUGGCUCACGCGCCGUGCCUCUCCUGCCUCGCCGUCCUGUGCCAGUUCCGGCGGGCGCUGCCGGAGGUGCGCCUGGGCGUGGUGCUCGGGGGCGCCGCGGCAGCGGGCGGGCGCCCGGGCAGCGCGGCCCCCGCAGCGCUCGGCGCGCCUCCUCCUUCCCCCUCCGCCCCGCCCUCGUCGGCGCGGGCCGAGCGCGAGGAGGCGUCCGCGGGCGGCGCG